AUGUCGCUUCGAAAAAAACCGUCUCCAAAGCAUCCUCACGCCCUUGAUGAGUGUAUCGACGAGUACUUGAACAAACUGCCACUCACGUCUCCGUUUCGCGAACAAAACCCAAACUUGCAUCCACUCGACACUGCCUCAAUGAAAGAAACUGAGAAUUUUGACAAUCCGGUCAAUUCGAAUUUUGACAAUUCAAAUUCUGCCAAUUCGAAUUCUGCCAAGUCUUCCAAUUCGUCCAACUCCACUUCCUCCUCCUCGCUUCGGCGCUCCUCCACUUUUCGCCGACUUCUUCCCAAAUCAACCUCGGUCGGCAAUAUCUCCGUUAAGUCAACUUCUCGAAAACGAUUUUCUCUCAACUCGUCGCUCUCCAAACUCAGUCUUGGCUCUCCCCAUGGCUCGCCAGCUCGUUAUGUGGCUGCAAAUGACGACGAUAUAGAAACCACCAGCAUCAGCAGCUCCGAAAAAACCAUCAAUAAUGUACCUUACUGGAAGUACCAUGUUCUCAAAUUUGGCAAAGAUUUGUACCUCACCACCAAUCCAGGUCUUAAACACAUCUACUGCCGUAAUGGACCCAGCUACUACGUUGAAGUAGUGUAUCCCAACAAAAGGCAGAAGACUGCAAAAAAUGGCUAUACUCUCAUUUUCAAAGAGCUCGAUGGAGUCGAGAAAAACGAUGCUAAACCACCCAUAAUGAUGAUCUAUAAAAAACCAGAAAAGGAAGGCGGUCAUUAUACCCUCUCCAUACCCCAGCGCAGUCGUUUGGUACAAGAUUCCAUCCAAUAUAGUCCGCAACCUCACUCGUUGUUCCAUGGAAUUGUCAUUCCAAAAGGUAUCGAUAGCAGCUACAUUCCCUAUGAUCGCAUUGCCAAUAUUGGUCGUUACCAAGAAUUGCGAAAUUAUGAGUUCAAGGACUGUAACAACAUCAAUUGGAACGUAGGAGCGAUCCCUCGUCUUCGAGCCACCACUCUCAACCGGUUGAAAAGCAAGGUUUUGCAGGAUGAAGACGACGAAUCUCUCAAAUUGUUUGGUCCAAGAAACGUCUACUUUCACCAGAAUUACAUCGAUACCCGACUGGCUCUGAGAAGCCGAGCCAAUUCCCUAGGUGCUGACUACCUCAAUGGAACCACUCAUGACUUUCCUCCUGUUCUCGCAGUUUUCAGACCUCUUGAAACCAAAAUCCGCAGAAAGUUGAUGUCUAAAAUCAACCGGAUGCUGCACUCAAAACUGACCACUCGAGGCCUUGAGCAAAAUACAGCUACUGCUGGCUUGGAUAUGAACGCAGCUACGGCUGGUCUGGAUAUAAAGUCUUUUCACUCUCUGGGAGAUGGACUCUACUACCAGACUCAUCCAGUAGACGAUGAGCCCAAUGAAAAUAAAAUGGGAUGGCUCACUGUGUAUGAAGAUAAGCAGGUUUUCGCCGAGCUGAAGUACCGAGGAAUGUUUGAUAUUGUCGUGGGCUUGACUUUGGCGGUUGGAUUUGAGUCUCAGAUGGAAAAGCCGAAGAGUGAAGCCGAAGCGUAA